UUUCCGCGGACGCUCGGAUAAUCACAGAUCACAGCCAGGCAUGGCAUUAUGUGAUGGAUGCAAAGGCAUCUUAUCUAUACGCAGAAAAGGACAUAUAAGCACCUCUACCGCGAGGACAGUUCUCCACUCCCUCUAAAUGGCAGAUGUUCAGACGGUUAGGUCGAACACUACCUUCAGCUGCCUGACCUGCCGCAGGAUCCGAAAGAAACGGUGCCCUGGGAUACCCAGCAACUUCAUUGGACGAGGUUCUUGUAUUGAAUGUGAUAGACUUAGUAUUGAGUGUGUUGGAGCGGAAACCGAGCGUCCCCCUUGGUAUAAGGAUAAAAGAAAAUUGAAGCGUUGCAGAGAUGAGAUAAAAUCUUUCCUUUCAUCUAAGCGACGAAGGCGAUUCGACUGUAACCAAGAAGUCCUAGUCAUUACCCCCUUAUUGGCUACUGACCCGAUAUCACCCAGUGCUAAUUCCAUGGCGCCUUCCGGCGUAAAUGAUCGCUUCGUAUCUUCAGGACUUUCGCAUGGUACCUUUGAUUCGGUCUAUCCACAACCCUCUCCGGACGAGGGUCAUAUCUCCCUCGGGACGGCAUCGCGGACUUAUCCGCUAGAGUCCGCGUAUAGCAACUCGGUCAUCUCUCUGGACUCUCCUGUUGACCUUCUAUCAACUUUUACGGAGGCUGGGCCAGUCCCCGAAGCCCUGGACUCCCCCCCACCUGUCCUCCAUGACGCUCAUUGGUGGAGAUGGGAAUCCUCAUUGGUGCAACCCGGCACUGGUGCCAUUGACGGUCGACUCGAAACGUCCUCUCGCACGGAUGGCGGAACUAUGGGCUUCCUCGAUAUAGGAAAAGCAGUCGUAGAUCACAAUGCUCCUCCCAACCUCGCUCUUUCAUUGUGCGUGUAUCUCCUGGCCACCUGCCUGCCCCAGGUCCGUUCGCUCGUGUUCGUGGUUGAUGAGGUAGAUGCUGCUGCAAUCAACGACAGCAUCGAAGCGUUACGACACGUAUCGAUGGACAGUUCGCGCUUACGCGUGGAAACUAGGAGUCUUCACGCUGUAGAAGCACGCAGUGAUGGGAAUGACCAGUCACCUACUUCCAACCUUUUAACAGGGUUGAACCAUGAUAAUGUGGCUUUGGAUUAGAUGAACAGCCCUCUAGCUUUCAACCCGCGACGCAUAUUGGUCUGCGCAUUGUGCGUCUUCGGGCGUUGAGAUGUCGUAUCGUUUGUUUGUAGCGUCCCCAGCUGCUGCGGUAUUCCAUUGCGAUGUACUUGUUUAGGGAUUGGGUAACGUCACCCACAUUUCGCUUCCGGCGGAUUGUCCUACAAUACGAAGUGCCCCGAGAUUCUGGGUGAUUGGGUUGGCUUUGACGUGAUAUUUGUUUGGAUUCAAGGCGUUCCAAUAGCUUCUGCGUAUUGUUCGGCUAUUCAAGAUCGCUCAAGAUGGCAUUUUGUUUGGUUCUGGC